UUGCUCUCUCUUCAUUUUCAAGGUUCAAAGGAAAGCGGCGAGGAUUCCAGGGGUCCCGUCGCCCCUACAGCCAAUGAGGGGCCUGAGAGGGAGGAGCUUGGGGCUGCUUGGUGCAGCUUGAGCUUCUGAGGGAAUCAUCCUCACUAGACGCAGUGGAGUCUGAGCUGUGCUGCAUGUCACAGAACAAAAUCUUAAAAAAUAAAAACAAAAAACAGAAGAGGAGAAACGCUGCAGAGUAUGGAACGCUAUAGAACUUUCUGAAACAUUUGCUUGGGAUUCCCAGGGAGCAUGAUCUUUUAAAACCAAUUCUUUCUGAAGCCGGUUUGGGUAACUGGGAAAAUGAUACAUAUGCUAAAUGCAGCAGCUGAUCGAGUGAAAUGGACCAGAUCGAGGACUGCUAAAAGGGCUGCCUGCGUGGUGGCUGCAGCAUAUGCUCUGAAAACCCUCUGUCCCAUCAUUGGCAAGCGUUUAAAGCAAUCUGACCACUGGAAGAAAAAAGAAGCUUACCCGGCUGCAGAGAAUAGAGAAAUACUGCAUUGCACCGAGGCCACUUGUAAAAAACCUUCGCCUGGAGUGAAUGCAGAUUUUUUCAAACAGCUACUAGAACUUCGGAAAAUUCUCUUCCCUAAACUUGUGACCACUGAGACAGGAUGGCUCUGCCUCCACUCGGUAGCUCUAAUCUCAAGAACCUUUCUGUCUAUCUAUGUAGCUGGUUUGGAUGGAAAAAUCGUGAAAAGCAUUGUGGAAAAGAAGCCUCGGACUUUCAUCAUCAAAUUAAUCAAGUGGCUUAUGAUUGCCAUCCCUGCCACCUUUGUCAACAGUGCAAUAAGGUACCUAGAGGGCAAAUUGGCCUUGGCCUUCAGAACUCGCCUAGUCGACCAUGCCUAUGAAACCUAUUUUACAAAUCAGACUUAUUAUAAGGUGAUCAAUAUGGAUGGGAGGCUGGCAAACCCUGACCAGUCUCUUACUGAGGAUAUUAUGAUGUUCUCUCAAUCUGUGGCUCACUUGUAUUCCAAUCUGACCAAACCUAUUUUAGAUGUAAUCCUGACUUCCUAUACGCUCAUCAAGACUGCUACAUCCAGAGGAGCAAGCCCAAUUGGGCCCACCCUUUUAGCAGGGCUUGUGGUAUAUGCCACUGCUAAAGUGUUAAAAGCCUGCUCUCCCAAAUUUGGUAAAUUGGUGGCUGAAGAAGCUCAUAGGAAAGGCUAUUUGCGGUAUGUGCACUCCAGAAUUAUAGCCAAUGUUGAAGAAAUUGCCUUCUACAGAGGACAUAAGGUAGAAAUGAAGCAACUCCAGAAAAGUUACAAAGCUUUAGCAAAUCAGAUGAACCUCAUUUUAUCCAAACGUUUGUGGUACAUUAUGAUAGAGCAGUUCUUGAUGAAGUAUGUUUGGAGCAGCAGUGGACUAAUUAUGGUGGCUCUACCUAUUAUCACUGCAACUGGCUUUGCAGAUGGUGAUCUAGAGGAUGAUCGAAAGCAAGCUAUGGUUAGUGAGCGGACAGAAGCGUUUACCACUGCUCGAAAUUUAUUGGCCUCUGGAGCUGAUGCUAUUGAAAGGAUUAUGUCUUCAUACAAAGAGAUAACUGAAUUAGCAGGCUAUACUGCUCGAGUAUACAACAUGUUUUGGGUCUUUGAUGAAGUAAAAAGAGGCAUUUAUAAGAGAACUGCUGUCUUGCAAGAGUCUGAAAACCAUAGCAAGAGUGGAGUUAACAUAGAAUUACCCCUCAGUGAGACAUUGGAAAUCAAAGGAAAAGUUAUUGAUGUGGAUCAUGGAAUUAUUUGUGAAAAUGUUCCCAUAAUUACACCAACGGGAGAAGUGGUGGCUUCCAAGCUAAAGUUCAAAGUAGAAGAAGGAAUGCAUCUUUUGAUAACUGGUCCGAAUGGUUGUGGGAAAAGUUCUCUCUUCAGAAUUUUAAGUGGGCUCUGGCCUGUGUAUGAAGGAAUCCUAUAUAAACCACCUCCACAACAUAUGUUCUAUAUUCCACAAAGGCCGUACAUGUCUCUUGGAAGUCUUCGGGAUCAAGUCAUUUAUCCAGAUUCAGUGGAUGACAUGCAUGAUAAAGGCUAUACAGACCACGAUCUAGAUUGUAUUCUACAUAAUGUUCACCUCUAUCAUAUAGUUCAAAGAGAAGGAGGAUGGGAUGCUGUUAUGGACUGGAAAGAUGUCCUGUCAGGAGGGGAAAAGCAAAGAAUGGGCAUGGCUCGCAUGUUUUACCAUAGACCAAAAUAUGCAUUGCUGGAUGAAUGCACCAGCGCUGUCAGCAUUGAUGUUGAAGGAAAGAUAUUUCAGGCUGCGAAAGGGGCUGGAAUUUCCUUACUUUCUAUAACACACAGGCCUUCUCUUUGGAAAUACCACACUCAUUUAUUACAGUUUGAUGGUGAAGGAGGUUGGCGCUUUGAACAAUUGGACACUGCUAUUCGUUUAACACUAAGUGAAGAAAAACAAAAGCUAGAAUCUCAGCUAGCUGGAAUUCCCAAAAUGCAGCAGAGACUCAAUGAACUAUGUAAAAUUUUGGGAGAAGACUCGGUGCUGAAAACAAUAAAAAAUGAAGAUGAGACCUCCUAAUUUAUUUUGACAUGUUUUAAAAGUUAAUUUUUAGUUAAAGGCUCAGAGACAUUUAUAGGGCAUGCAUUGUGUUAAGCUAAGCACAGAGGAAAAAAAGACAGCAAGAAAUGUUUUAUAAGAUUUUAGCAUCAAGGAAAUAUAAGAUCUGACUUUUCAGAAGAAAAUAAACGAAUGCAUUAUGUAAGAUUCGUCAUUAUGGCUUAUACUAAUUCCUAGUGAAAGCCUAAUUCACAUGUAAAACAGGAUUUUCUAGGUAACUUCAUAAUGGAUACUAGAUUUGCUAAUGUGUAUGUGUUGUGUCUGAAAUUCUUAACAAACAUGGGACAUAUCUUGAGGAUGGACAACUUAAGAGCAGUGUUUGGGUUGAAACAAGGUGAUAAAGUUAGAAGUUUGAGUAACAUUUCUAUCCAUUUAUGGUUUUUAGAUUUAACAGCUAGAAUUCAUGUUCCUUUAUUGCUAGUGGUCAACUAAACCUGUGUACAAAACCUCUAACAGUUUGAUAAAUAAUUUCAAUACGAAAGAAAUUCUUUUAAUGGCAGUGGUUGAAAGAAAGAAGCAUGGCUAUACUUCUUUUAUAUGUAUAAAAUAUCCUAUUUUUAAUUUUAGAUUUUGAGCAUCUCAUGGGCACAUAAAUUCAUUUUAAUGAGAAUCUUACAUAUUUGUUAAUAAACUUUCAUUUUGAAAAGAGAAUUGCCAAUACAGAAAAGGAGUAUCCAAACAAUGUUUGUCUCAGCCUGUUACUUUACUUGGAAGGAUUAUAUAUUGCAAAUUCUGUCCAGAAAUACUUAGCUUGUUUUUGUCCCCAAAGGAGGAGUCCACCACAUUUUGAAAAUAGCAGUGCUAUAAUAGAAUAGAGGGAUUUUCAAAAUCAUAGUAGUAAUAACAUACAUUGGAAUAGUACUUUAUAAUUUACAAUCCUCACUUACAUCAAUUAAUUUUAAUACUGUGGCAAACUUUUGAGGCAAAUAUUUUUUUUCCUAGUUUGCUUUUGAGAAAAUUGACACUCAGAUUUGCUCUAAUCAUGCAGUUUAUUUAGGGGCAGAUCCAGGGGUCAAAUGAAUUUCCCCUGUUUCCCUGGUUCAGUGCUAUUUUCAGUAUUAUCCUUGAAAUUCAACUGGGCUAUAAUAGCAAUAAAAGUUAGAUGAGAUGUUGAAAAGAGAAUAAAUUUAGUAAUGUUAGUGUUAUUGUUAUUUGAUUAUUGUUUACAAGGUAUGGAAAUUUAAGUACAAAAUGGAAAGGUUAUUGAUCUGUGGUUUAAAAUAGGUCAGGAGGGCUUCCCUGGUGGCGCAGUGGUUGGGAGUCCGCCUGCCGAUGCAGGGGACACGGGUUCGUGCCCCAGUCCGGGAGGAUCCCACAUGCCACAGAGCGACUGGGCCCGUGAGCCAUGGCCGCUGGGCCUGCACGUCCGGAGCCUGUGCUCCAAAAUGGGAGAGGCCACAACAGUGAGAGGCCCGUGUACCGCAAAAAAAUAAUAAUAAAAUAGGGCAGGAAAGUUAGCAAAUCUUUCAGCACCUAUGCACUCAUACGCAAUAUUAAUGUACCGCUACAGUCAGCAUUCAGAAGGGGAAUUGUGUUAUAAAUCAAUUUAAUAUUUAUUGAACAUAAUGAGAAAGAAUCUGUAUGGAAUAGUCAUAUGAAAUAAAUCUUAUAUAUUCGAUUGCCUUGGAGUUGGAAGUAUGAGAGCCAGGACUACCAUUUUAAUCUCCUACUGCGUAUGCCACCAUGUUUAUAGGCCAGAGAAAAUGGAAAUGCUGUUAUUAGUGGUUUAGGAUUUUAUUUGCAUAUUUAGACACAGCCAUAAUAGAUGCUAAGUCAGUGAUUCUCAGACUUUUUCAGCUGGUAGAGUACCUGUAUGUCAUUCAUGAUGCUUGUAAUAGAACAUGUAAUAGAAUCAUGACAUUUUCAUAUUUUCAAUUCUUCCAUGCUAAGACAUUUUUAUUAUCAAUAAAUGUAACCACCUUAUGUGAAGGAAUGUAAUGUAAAAUCAAAACCAGUACAUCUAAGUUUUUCUGUUAGUAUCAUUAGCUGUUCAUUUAUUCAUUUGUCAGUUACUACUACUUCCUAUUAGAAAAGUGAGGCAGACAUCAAAGGUUUAAAAAAAAAGCAUGGAAUGAAAAAUUAAACUUGAUAAAAAUUAUUCAUUAAUCUAAGUUCUAUAUUAGCAGUUAUUCAGUUUAUACGGCUGUAGGGAAAAUUCUGGGGCAAAUAGCUUAAGUUAAUUUUUAAAGAUAUAAGAAGAAAAUGAAAAGUCCUCAUUUGAAACAUGUACAUAAUUUUUAUGCCUUAAUUUUCUUAAUUUGAAAAAUAAAGCUUUUAGGAACCAAUAUAUUGUGUUUUGAAACUUUGAAAAGAAUGCCAAAACAAAUAUUAGAUUUUUAAUUAGCCCUUAUUUAAUAUACCCUACCAACUGACUGAAGUAAAGAACUCAUUAUUUAUAAUGUACAGGAUUCAAGGAUGUUUAAAAUUCUUUAUUAAAAGCUAUACACACUGCAGUUUAAAUGUUAAAGUUCUAAGAGAAACAUGUUUCUUUUUUUUGUUUUUUUUUUUUUUUUUUGCGGUACGGGGGCCUCUCACU